AUGAGUAACCUAAAACUUGGCGUUGAAGUCAUAAGCGCAAAGCUCAAACCUAGAGAUACUCAUCAAGGAGAUGGAUAUGGUGGUGUUAACGCCUUCGUGGAGCUACGAUUCGACGGUCAGAUUGUCAAAACCUCGACAAAGAUCGACGACGCGAGUCCUGUCUGGAACGAGAAGUUCUUCUUCAACAUCUCAGAUACAGAGGAUUUAUCGAAUCUGAUUCUUGAGGCUUACGUUUACAACAAAACAAGCAGUACAACGAAGUCGUGUCUCGGUAAGAUUCGGAUCUUUGGAACAGCGUUUGUGCCUUACUCUGAAGCUGUCGGGAUGCAUUACCCUCUUGAGAAAGAGAAACGGAGCGUCUUCUUUUCUGCCGUUAGUGGUGAGCUUGCUUUGAAAGUGUAUGUAACUGAUAGCCCCUCUCUCAAGGUACCGUAUAUAAACCCUACAAAGACGGUUACUUCUAACACAAGGCACAAGUUUCACAACGUCCCUAAAACAGAAACUAGUAAACCUAGCCAACUAAGAGAUCCGCAAUCGCCUCAACCGCAACCGCCUCAACCGCAACCGCCUCAGACACGAGCACCACGACCGCAAUCGCCAAAAUCGCAACCGUUUCAAACACGAGCACCACAACCGCAAUCGCCUCAACCGCAACCGUUUCAAACGCAAUCACCACAACCGCAAUCGCCUAAACCGCAACCGUUUCAAACGCAAUCACCACAACCGCCCUAUUUUACCGGACCUUCUAGGUUUCAAGCGGAGAGAUAUGGUUCUCCGGUACCGGAAACAAUGGGAUUUGAACCUACUCCACAAGAUUAUUCAAUCAAAGAGACGAAUCCUAUUCUUGGAGGAGGCAGACAAGGAAGAAACGCUAGAGCUAACGAUAUCGUAGAGCCAAUGGAGUUUCUUUACGUCAAAAUAGUGAAAGCUCGGAAUCUUCCGACAAUGGACAAAACCGGAAGUCUAGACCCUUACGUAGAAGUCAAACUCGGAAACUUCACAGCCAAGACAAAACACUUCGAGAAAAACAAAAACCCUAUUUGGAACGAAGUAUUCGCCUUCUCAAAAUCCGACCAACAAUCAGACUUUCUCGAAGUCAUUGUCAUGGACAAAGACAUAAUCAAAGACGACUUCGUCGGUUCAAUCCGGUUCGAUCUCGAAGACAUUCCGACACGUGUUGCACCAGACAGUCCUUUAGCUCCAGAAUGGUACAUAGUCAAUGUGGAGAAAGGAGGAGAGAUUAUGUUGGCGGUUUGGUUCGGUACACAAGCAGACGAAGCGUUCUCAGACGCGACUUACUCAGACGCUUUAACCGCUUUAAACAAAUCGAGUUUGCGUUCUAAAAUCUAUCAUUCUCCGAGGCUAUGGUAUCUUCGCGUUACCGUUAUCGAGGCACAAGACUUGGUUAUCGUACCAGAUCGGACUAGACUUCCAAGUCCUUAUGUUAAAAUCAAGUUAGGUAACCAAAUGGUUCGAACCAAACCGAACCAGUUGCUUAACCCGAGAUGGAACGAGGAGUUUACACUUGUCGCAGCUGAACCGUUUGAAGAUCUUGAAAUCUCGAUAGAAGACCGGGUAGCGGUUAACCGAGAGGAAACACUUGGAUCGGUUAAGAUACCGCUUGAUAUAAUCGAAAGACGGGUCGAUGAUAACCGGAUAGUACCUAACCGUUGGUAUAGUCUUAAGUUUGAGAACCAGAGGAGAGUCAGAGUGGCUACUACUAGGCUUUUGCUGAAUGUUUGUUUAGAAGGAGGCUAUCAUGUUCUUGAUGAGUCUACUUACUACAGUAGCGAUUUUCGACCAUCGAUGAAAGAGAUGUGGACACGUCAGCAGCCGUCACUCGGUGUUCUUGAAGUAGGGAUUCUAGGAGUUGAAGGUUUAAAUGUGAGUAAUGAUGGAAAGAAAGAGACGGUAGAUGCUUACUGUGUGGCUAAGUAUGGGACCAAAUGGGUCAGGACAAGGACCGUCAGCAACUGUUUUAACCCGCGGUUCAACGAGCAGUACACAUGGGAGGUUUAUGAGCCAGCGACCGUGAUCACAAUCGGCGUUUUCGAUAACAAUCAGAUCAAUGGUGGUAACAAUAAAGAUGGGAAGAUUGGGAAAGUUAGAGUUCGAAUCUCGACUCUUGAAUCAGGUAGACUCUACUCUAACUCUUAUCCGCUUCUCGUUCUUCGACCUUCGGGUGUCAAGAACAUGGGUGAACUACAUUUGGCGAUUCGGUUUACUUGCACGUCCAUGUUUCAGAUGCUGGGUCAGUACUGGAAACCAAUUCUUCCCAAGAUGCACUACGUUCGACCGUUGAAAGUAGUGCAUCAGGAGAUUCUUAGACAGCAUGCUGUUAGCCUAGUGGCGGCUCGGUUAAGUAGAACCGAGCCGCCUCUUAGAAAAGAAGUGAUUGAAUACAUAACCGGUUCGGAUUCUCAUUUUUGGAGCAUUAGGAAAAGCCGAGCGAAUUUCUUUAGACUAAGAUCUGUUUUAUCCGGUUUACUCGGUACCGGAGAAUGGUUUCAAGAUAUAUGCACUUGGAAGAAACCGGUAGCAUCAGCAGCGGUUCAUAUACUCUACUUAGCGUUUGUGUGUUUGCCAGAGAUGAUUCUCCCCAUAACAUCUCUUUGGUUGUUCAUGCUUGGUUUAUGGAACUACAGACGACGCCCGAAACAACCUCCACACAUGGACACAAGACUUUCAUUUGCAGACAACAUUCACCCUGAAGAGCUUAACGAAGAGUUUGACACGUUUCCAUAUUCUUCUCAAGACCCAGCGGUUGUGAAAUUGCGGUACGAGCGGUUGAGAGGUAUAGCGAGUAGAGCACAAACUGUUGUGGGAGAUAUAGCUGGUCAGGGAGAGAGAGUUCAAGCUUUGUUGAGCUGGAGAGAUCCAAGAGCAACGUCCAUCUUCAUGGUGCUUUGUUUGGUUUCUUCUGUGGUUUUGUUUGUUGUGCCGUUUAAGGUUUUUGUUCUUCUUGGUGGAUUAUACAUCAUGAGACAUCCAAGAUUCAGGAGAAAGACACCUCCUGGUGUUGUUAACUUCUUCAAAAGACUUCCUGCUAAAACAGAUUGUAUGCUGUAG